AUGCACGAGCAAGCGAAGGUCGCGGUGAAGCAAGCCUCGGAUACUAGUGCGGGGCGGAGCGCGGGGCUUUGGUGCGGCGGUGGACGGCAGGAGCUCGAGGCGGUGGCGUCAGGUGUCGCCCGGGAGGGCAGCAUGGCGAGAAGUCCGGCGGCUGGGUCGGAGGGCAGUACGGGCUACUGGUGCGAUCGUCGGGCAGAGGCGCAGGCGAGCUGCAGAUCGCAAGUCACGGGAGAGGGUUCAGGUUCGGGCGGAGCAGUUUGGAUUGCAGCGUCGGCCGCUGGUCUUCGGCUCCAAACGGUGUCGGGCAAGGCGUCGAUGACCGGCGAACAGCAGAGUCGCUGCCGGUGCGGAGGGCGGGCCGGCGGUGCGAGUGACGCUGGUCGGGCGGGACGUCGGGUUGCAGCGGCGGUCACGGCUAGCCGGGCGGCGAGCGACGCGAGUCGGCAGGAGUCGGGCGGCAAGCGACGCAGUCGGCGGGAAGUCGGGCGGCGCGGCGGUCGCGGGACGCCGAGACGUGCGGCGGAGGUCCGGAUGACCGGUUGA